AUGGCUUCCUCGAACCUAGAUGAUGCUCGAACCGUGAGGCUCUCGGCUUUUUUCAACAAGGUCGUCCACGGCCAGAGAACACUGUCUACCGCGCGUGACGGCAAGCUCUUUAUCGAGGCCUUGUGUGCUCAGACCGACCCAGCAACUUGUGCCCACAAGCUCCUUUCCAGCCAGGGAGGGCUUCCCGCCCUCCAAGCAUCAGUGCGAUUCGAUACUUCUCCCUCAUUUCUAAAUGAGAAUGCUUUGACAUUGCUUCAGUACCUUCAGUCACCGUCCCUAAAAUUGAUCGACUCCGGGUCGAUUCUUAACCAGUUACUGCUUAGCAUGGUAGAGCCGCCAUUCUUCUGGGAUGCUUGCAUACAAUCAUUCGUGGAUGGUUUACUUGGGCCAGAUGCUUGCCACGCCUUCGCAUGGCUACUGCUACAGCUCAUCUGCUUGCCUGGCAAGGCAUCAUCACCCUACGCUGCAGUAGCAAAUUCACAGAAUAUACUAGAAUCAAUACUAACAUCACCGAACGGAGAAACUCGCAUCCUAGGACAGAAGAUCAAACAUGCCUUACCGCUGGAUGCAUCGGAACUUCACGACACCGAAGGUUCUUCACCUGGUGGCAGGCAUGACAACGAUCAUGCGAAUCAUAGGGAGAUUUUAAUCAUGCCUACUGCAGAUGAGCUUUUGUCAAAGGACCGCCCUUUUCUCCGCACCGCUGACUUUAUCGACGACCCGGAGCUUGUAUCUUCACGCCGCGACAUGCAUCUAGAUAAUCAGUUCCGGCUUCUUCGCGAAGAUAUGCUCUGUGAAAUACGAGAUGAGCUAAAAAUAAUGUCAGGGGAAAAGCGUGGCCGCCACAGAGGUAUCGUUCUGGGCGGUCUUUCUCUUGCAGGAGUGGAGACGGGUACUGACCGUAAGCGCUUACCGUGGUGUGUCGUGCUCAAAUGCAAUGGCGAGUUCCCCCAAUUGAAGAAUCUUACCAAGGAGAAGAAGAAAGACUUUCUGGAAGACAACCGGCACAUUUUACGGCACGGAAACAUGGCGUGUCUGAUGAUUGAUGACGAGCCAGUAGCGUUUCCGACCAUCCAUCGAGAUGAAGACAGGCUCCUUGAUAACCCUGCUACAAUCGCUGUACAGUUCCCUGAUGAUCUAACGCUCUCAUAUGCCCUGUCUAAGAUGAAGACAGCUAAAAGUGUUAAAUUAGCCCAGCUCGAUGCAGCAAUAUUUGCAUUUGAGCCAUUCUUGCGACGCUUGCAAGAGAUGGUUGAGUUACCACUAGCGGAAGAGCUGCUUUACUGGGAGGAAGGUAAAACCAUCGGGGCCCCAUCUUUUCAGCCGACAACCUUAAUCACUGCACUCAAAGAGCUCUCUGGUAAGAGUGUGCAAGGUCUCUUAGGCCUCAAGAAAAAGGUUAUUCUAGACGAUUCACAAAUGAUAUCUCUUUGCAAUAGCUUAUUUCAACGCGUUAGUCUAAUUCAAGGUCCACCCGGAACUGGAAAGUCCUUUAUUGGUGCCUUGAUAACCAAGGCCCUGCACGACUCAACGUCUGAGAAGAUUCUGGUAGUUUGUUUCACCAACCAUGCCCUAGAUCAAUUUCUCGAGGACUUAAUGGAUAUUGGGAUUCCACAAUCGGCUAUGAUUCGUCUAGGGGGCAAAUCGACGGACCGGACGAGGCCCUUGAUGAUUCGAGAAAUGCCCAGCGUAAAGUCCACCCGAAUGCAAUGGGCUCGGAUUGAUACGCUAAAACGAAGCAUAUGCCAUAGCGAGAGAAAACUGAAGGAUGUUUUUAACCGCUACCAGACUGCCAAUAUUCAGAAAAAACAUCUCAUGGAGUUUCUUGAAUUUUUAUCUGAAGACCUUCCAUUCUAUGACACUUUUACGGUCCCAGAAACCGAGAAUGGCACGACUCGGAUUGGCAAAGCUGGAAAAGCCAUGAGCCCAUUCUACCUUCUCGAUCGGUGGAUCAGGGGUGAAAGUAACGCUGGAGCUCUCCAAAAUUUACAGCCGAUAGGUGCCGAUGCGGUUUGGAAAAUGCCACUUGCGUUAAGACAAUCCACUCUAGUUCGCUGGCAGACAGCUAUCCUAGAUGAUCUUGUUAUGGAGAUUCGGGAUAUCGGACGGCAGUUUAACUUGGAUCGAGCUGAACUUGACAGAUUAUUUAGAGAGAGAGAUGCGGGUAUUAUAAAAACUAAGAGGAUUAUUGCUUGUACUACAAACGGGGCCGCCAAAUACUCUGCGGAAAUACAAAAUGCGGCACCAGGCGUCAUCAUUGUUGAAGAGGCUGGUGAGAUCUUGGAAGCUCACAUCUUGACCUCUUUAGGGCUGCAUACUGAGCAAUUGAUCUUGAUCGGAGAUCAUAAGCAACUUCGUCCUAAGUGUUCAUAUGAGCUCAGUGUUGACCAGGGUGACGGUUUCGACCUCAAUCGAUCUUUGUUCGAAAGGCUUGUCCGUAAAGGCUUUCCGCACGUCACUCUCACAAAGCAACAUCGUAUGAGGCCGGAGAUCUCUUCCAUGAUCCGACAUCUAACCUACUCUGACCUUACCGAUGCUAACUCAACCUACAACCGGGCCAAUAUUCGCGGCUUCUGCGAUAAUGUUAUAUUUGUUAAUCACUCCAAACCAGAAGCUGAACUGAAGAGUUCGAAGGAGUUGAGGGAUGGCAGAACCACCUCGAAGCAAAAUGCAUUUGAAGCGCAGAUGAUAUUAAAGUGCGUUCGGUAUUUGGCACAGCAGGGUUAUACCUCCGACAAACUAGUCGUUAUUACGCCCUAUCUUGGGCAGCUGAAGCUUUUGAGAGAGCACCUCGCGAAAGAAAAUGACCCCAUACUCAAUGACCUCGACAAGUUUGACUUAGUACGUGCAGGGUUAUUGACUGACCUUAGCUUAAAGACAACAAAGCCAUCGCUCCGUAUAUCAACCAUCGACAACUACCAAGGUGAAGAGAGCGAUAUCGUCUUGGCCUCGAUGACCCGAAGCAAUAAGUCAUCUGAUAUCGGCUUUAUGGCAGCACCUGAACGUUUGAAUGUCUUGCUCUCCCGUGCACGGGAUGGUCUGAUCAUGAUUGGAAACUCUGAGACCUUCAUGCAUGCUCGCAAAGGUAAGGAUGUUUGGCGAAAAUUAUUCGUUCACCUGAAAGAAAACGGACACAUCUACGAAGGAUUUCCCGUGAGAUGUGAGAAACAUCCAGAUCGAACGGCUUUGCUCUGUAAAACUGAAGAUUUCGAGGCAGAAUGCCCAGAUGGGGGAUGUACAGAGCCCUGUGGCGAAAUGCUGAAAUGCGGCCUUCAUAAAUGCCCGAGUAGCUGCCACCAGCUGUUCGAUCAUUCUAAAAUUCUUUGCCAGGCCCCUUUGACUCAAAAGUGUUCCAAUGGACAUAGUCAAUCCUGGAGGUGCCACCGUGGUGCACCACUAGCUUGUCAGAAGUGCGAGCGUGACAGAAAGGAGGCCUUAAAAAAGGCCCAAAAAGCCCUAGAGGAAAAAGAAAAGCGGGAGGAAAAGGCGAGAAGACAUCAAGAAGAAGUUGCAAAGGUAGACGAAGCCAUUGAAGAGAUCAACCGGAAGAUGAAAGAAGUGCGGCUAGAUCAUGAGCGACAGGCUAUUCUUCUUCAAAAACGACAGGACCUUGCGGCUGCCAAGGAUCGGGCUAACAUGGAACAAACGACCGCUCAUCAAGCAGAUAACUCUAAACAAGCUUCAAUCCCCACCAGUGAAAGCCUUAAAAUCACAUCAAAGCCUUUGCCCGCAGUUAAGUCCAGCCCGAACAAACCAAGUACGCGUUUACGGGUUCACGAGCACUUAAAAUCGGCCGUCGAGCAUAACGAGUCCCCUUCCAAGACAGAAUGGCAACGCCAGAAGGACCAAGAAAAUGCAAAAAAUCCAGCUAUCGAUAAGAUCAUGGAGAUGGUUGGCCUGGAGCAUGUGAAAAGCCAGGUUCUGAAAAUCAAAGCAAAGGUCGAAACUUCCCUCCGCCAGGACGCCGAUCUCAAGAAGGAACGCCUUGGGCUCACCCUCCUAGGAAAUCCAGGCACAGGUAAAACAACUGUUGCAAGGCACUACGCGAAGGCACUGAGCUCGCUGAAAGUCCUUCCCGGAGAUGGCUUCAUCGAGACCACCGGCUCACGUCUUGCGCACGGCGGCAUUACUGAGGUCAAAAAUCACCUACAGCAAUUAGAAAAUUCAGAGGGCGGUGUAUACUUCAUCGAUGAAGCCUACCAGCUUACAGAGACGCACAAUCAUGGUGGUAAACCGGUACUUGAUUUUUUGCUUGCCGAAAUUGAGAACCUCACUGGGCGAGUAGUUUUUGUCUUUGCUGGAUACCGGAAGCAGAUGGAGAAAUUCUUUGAACAUAACCCUGGGUUUUCUAGUCGUAUACCCUACACUCUCCACUUUGACGACUAUACCGAUGCAGAACUUUUGAAGAUGUUACAGUUUCAAAUGAACCGAUUCUUUAAACAUGGAGUUGACGUCGAGGAUGGUUUUGAUGGUUUAUAUAUGCGGAUUGCCGUUCGUCGAUUAGGGAGAGGACGGGGGCGCGAUGGCUUCGGUAAUGCCAGAGCGUUAGAGAAUAUGUUUGCUCAGAUUCGGGAGCGACAAUCAGAACGGUUAACAAAGCAAAGGAAGGAAGGGAGUAGUCCGGAUGACUAUCAUAUAAGCAAGGAGGAUCUCAUCGGGCCUGAUCCGUCAAAAGUGAUCUUAACCUGCAACGCCUGGACCCAGCUCCAGCAAAUGAUUGGUCUAAAAUCUGUCAAGAAGUCUAUCAGGACAAUGAUUGACCUUAUCAAGACAAACUAUGUCAGGGAGUUAGACGAAAAGGAGAUAAUCGACGUAUCUCUCAACCGUAUCUUCCUUGGCCCGCCAGGAACUGGAAAAACUUCUGUCGCCAAACUGUACGGUCAAAUUCUCGCAGAUAUUGGGAUGUUAAGUAGUGGUGAAGUUGUCGUCAAGAAUCCGUCCGAUUUUAUUGGUAACGUUAUUGGCCAGUCCGAAGCAAACACAAAAGCCAUACUCGCUACCACUGUCGGCAAAGUCCUUAUUAUUGACGAAGCUUAUAUGCUCUACUCCGGAUCUGGUUCAACAGGGGGAGGCAACACCGAUAUAUUUAAGACCGCUGUCAUUGACACUAUUGUCGCGGAAGUCCAAAGUGUGCCAGGGGACGAUCGAUGUGUGCUACUCCUUGGAUACGAAUCACAGAUGCUGGACAUGUUCCAGAACGUUAAUCCAGGCCUUACCCGAAGAUUUCAACUUUCGGAUGCAUUUCGGUUUGAAGACUUCAGUGAUUCCGAGCUGCAGGAGAUUCUACAACUGAAACUUAAAAAGCAGGACUUGGGCGCAACGCAGAAAGCCGUGUCUACGGCUGUUGAUGUUUUGGCCCGUCUGCGCAACGGACUCAAUUUCGGAAAUGGCGGAGAUGUCGAAACGUUGAUAUCGAAAGCUAAAGUUAGUUAUCAGACUCGACAAUCUGUUUUGCCGGCUGCACAGAGAUCCUCUGACUUCAUAUUCGAGCCACAAGAUUUUGACCCGGAUUAUGACCGAUCCGCUGGAGCUGAAACUAAUCUGCAGGAGCUCUUCAGGGGUGUGGUUGGCUGUGAAGGAAUCAUAGCGAAGCUAGAUGGGUUUUUGAGAGUUGCUCGAGGGAUGCGAGCUCAAGGCCUUGAUCCUCGUGGACAUAUACCAAUGAAUUUCAUAUUUAAAGGGCCACCUGGGACUGGAAAAACCACCACAGCGCGAAAAUUUGGUCAAAUUUACUAUGAUCUUGGCUUCCUAUCGCAGGUUGAAGUGGUAGAAUGCUCCUCCGCUGAUCUAAUCGGUCAAUACGUCGGCCACACCGGACCAAAGACCAUAAAGCAACUCGAGCGCGGAUUAGGCAAAGUCCUCUUUAUAGAUGAGGCUUACAGGCUCGGCCAAGGUCAAUUCGCCCAGGAAGCAAUAGACGAGCUCGUUGACAAUAUCACCAAGCCCAAAUUCGCAGGAAAGCUUAUCAUAAUUCUUGCAGGUUACGAUAACGAUAUGAAUAAUCUCCUCCGUGUGAACGAGGGGCUAAGCAGCCGUUUUGCAGACGAGAUAGUUUUUCCAUCACUAAGCCCAAAACACUGCCUUCAGCUACUCGAGGACAUGCUCAAGCAAAGCCAAGUCGCCUUCCCACGAAUGCAUGACCCAUCAAUUUAUCUGGACUUUCAAGAACAAAUUGCACAAAUGUCCAAGCUUCCUGGCUGGGGAAACGCGAGGGAUGUUCAGUCGCUCGCGAAGGCGAUGGUUCGGGCCGUAUAUCAGAGUAAUACCACCAAGGUAGACCAGCUCAUUUUACCGGCCGAGGUAGCCCAGAAGUGCCUCCGGGACAUGUUGGUCGACCGGUGCAAGAGAGCGAACGUCACACCUUCAUCACGACCACAGUAUGUAGGGCCAGUUAAAUCGCAGGAUGAUUCAUAUUCGCCGCCUCCCGUUGGAAUUGGUGCUUCGACAACAACAAAGUCUGAGGUAUCGAAACCAAAAGAAGACGAAGGUCCAGAUAAACCACAACCCGGGGUUACCAUAGAGGAUGGUCGUGACGCAGGGGUUGCCGAUGACAUUUGGGAACAACUUCAAACUGACAAAAAGGACGCUGAAGUCCAGGCGCAGAAAAGCAAGCUAAAAAUCCGCGAACUAGAAGAAGCCCAGCGUGCCGCGGAGGAAGUUGAAAAGGAAGCUGAGAAAGCUGCGGCCUCGUUGCGAGAAAUGAAGGCCAAAACUGAUGCCGAAAUUCUUGAGCGCUUACGCCUUCGUGAAGAGGCAAGGAUUCGCGAGAUAGAAGCAAAGGCUGAGGCGGAACGCAUUCGGAGAGAGCUGGAAAGGAAAAGGCAGGAAGAGGAGCAGAAAAGAAAAAAGGAAGAACUUGCUCAGCGCAAAUUGAGGGAGAUGGGGGUUUGUGUCGCCGGGUUUAGAUGGAUCAAACAGAACGGCGGGUAUCGGUGUGCGGGUGGCGCCCAUUGGGUAUCUGACUCCCAGCUUGUUUAA